GUUGUUUUCCAUGUUUUAUGAUGGAUGUUCACCUAAAUCCCAUAUAUUCAGAUUUGCAAUAAGCAAUAGGUGGAGACAAGAUGGCGACGUUUGCAAUAAAUAUAUGGGAUUUUAGAACCAAUCAAAAAUAGGACAGCAAUUGUCGUCACUGUGGGUAAUAGAGUUCACUGUAGUUUCAACCAAUGAAAUUCACUCUGACUAGUUUGUGAUUUCUAUAGAAACGGACCUAUAUAAUAAUCCAAUUUAACACUCCAUAGAAUCAUAGUUUUUAUAAGCCAAGAAUUCCUAAAACGAAAAACGAACCAUGACAUCCAAUUCUAGUCGAAGCUCCUCACAAAGUUCUCAAAUGAGCGACAGCGACUACAGCGAGACUGAAAGUUUUAACGAAUAUGAACCAGAUAUUCCUGAAGACUCUGAAUCAGAAAAAAUGUGCUGGAUUUGCCACGCCUCCGACGAAGAAUACCCAGGAGCUGCUUGGGUUCAUCCAUGUAUGUGUCGAGGAACCGCAAAAUGGGUACAUCACUCUUGUCUUCAACGAUUAGUAGUUCAACAGUUUCUGGAAAACAUAUUUAGAGGAAUAGGUGGUGUUUACUGCCCACAAUGCCUUACACCGUACAUUGUAAAUUACCCUGUAACAAGCGCUUUGGCAUUGAGACUUAUGGAAGCGAAUGCUUGGUAUAAUCAGAUAAGCCUUCGUAUAGUAUUCUUUUUUUUUAUGUUUGCAUAUUAUUGGUUCGCUGUCACCUAUGGUGCCAUUACGGUCUUGCAGGUUUUAGGUCUAGAAAAAUGCAGCGCAAUGUGGGGACAAGCAUCCCUGCUAACAGUAUCUGUAGCAGUAGCACUACUACCAGUCAUUCCAUUAGCCUUGAUUUUGGCGAAAUAUUAUGUCCGUUGGGAAAGCGCCCUUCUACGGAUUAUCAGAAAAACUAUCAACAAAACCCCCUUCAUUCGAACUUUUUCAUCUGUUAGACCGUAUAUGGCUACAAAUAUAAACGGAGAUGAUGAUUUUCCUCCAAUUAAUAAUAGGUCAGGUCCAAUUGCUACAAUAACUUGUGGAGCAUUAGCGUUACCAACCAUAUCGGUAUAUUUUGGAAAAUUCCUGUUUAAAUUUGUGGAAUCCGAAUUUUACAAGACCAUAUUAGGAGGGCUGACAUUCCUGGCCCUGAAAGGUUGUUUAAAUAUGUAUCGUUAUCAGCAAAACUAUGUCAUAGUGAAUAAACGUGAAAUUUUAGACUUUGACCUCGACUAUGACGAAAUGGAUCUCGAAGAGAGUCAAGAAAGUGAAUAAUUUUCAUUUGUCAAAAAAAAAAAAUUGACCUUAGUAUGUCCUGUAAAGCACACAACUCAAAUUUUUGUGGCAUAUACAAGGUGGCGCAAAAUGAACGUUAUGAUUGUUUUAUAACUUUUUUAUUUAAGUUUUAAUAAAAAAGUUUUUUUUUGUAAAGAAAACUUGGGGAAUUUAAACUGGAACAAUACACCAUACAACAACGAACAAAAAUCAUUAAAUUUUACUUUGCCAAUGGAAACUCAAUAAUUGUUCUUACGCAGCGUGCAUAUCGUCGGUAUUUUAAUGUGCGUGUUAGACCCUCCGUGCCAACAAUAAAUCGUCUGGUUGCAAAUUUUCAGCAACAAGGUUCAGUAAGGAACCUCCGUGGUGCCAGAAGACCACGUAAUGAAAUCCGUGCCAUAACUUCUGAAAUUUUGCAAAAAGUAAUGCAACAUUGUGUUGGAAAGAGCACGACUUUGCGAAGCAGAAAAUGGCAGAUACUUUUCAUACUUUCACAUUUGUGUCAAAAAUUUUCUCCAUUCAUAAACUGUGUUAAAAAAAAUUAUUAACAAUUCACUUAAAAAUAAAAAAGUUAUUAAGCAUUCAAAUCAUAACGUUCAUUUUGCGCCACCCUGUAUCUGAAUUUUUAAUAAUUUUUUUCCUUAAAUUUCUUGGACCUAUUUGUUUGAUGAUUCUCACCUUAUCUUAUUAAAGCUUGUUGUCUUUUAUGUUGAAAAAAUACUAUUAUUAUUUGGGAACCAAUUGUAUUACUUGUUAAUUGAGCUGUUAAUUCAUAAUCAAAUGUUUUAUAGGACAAGCUCAGCGCCCUGUUUGACUAAUGUUCUCUAUUUCUAUGUUGUAUAUCAUACAUAAUUAUAUAUUUAAUCCAUAUGUUACAAAGUUAAUUAAAGUUCCUUCUGUUAAUAAUAUUUGUAGUUUCAAUUUCAUGACUGGCGUAGCUAUUAAUCAUUUGUGAACAAAAAAAUAGCAGUCCUAUCAUUGUUUCUCUUUUUGAAAACGGAAGAGCAGCCUAAUAUUUAAUAAAAGGCCAUAAAAACCAACUAGUUUCUAUACAGGGUGUUUUCUAAUUGAAUAUCAAUAUUUAAGGGAGAGCUUUUUGGGUCCAUUUUCAGAAGAAACAUUCAUA